AUGGGUAGCGACACAACCGCGAUAUCUUCUCAGUCCCUCUCGCUCAUCAACCUGCAGCUGGGUUGGCCGUCCCCUCGCCUCUUCGCAGCCAGCGCUCUCUUAGAGGGCGCAACCCAGGUUCUGACCUCGGAAUCCGAAACCGCGGCAGCGCUCAUAUACGGCCCUCACAUUGGUCAUCCUCCACUCCGAAAGAGCAUCGCAGAAUGGCUGUCCUCCGUCUACGGUACCGAGAUAGACCACGAGAGAAUCUCCAUCAAUAACGGCGCAUCCGGCAAUCUGGCCAACGUAUUGUUGAAGUUUACAGACCCCCUAUAUACGCGCAAAAUAUUCAUGGUUGAGCCUACGUACUUCUUGGCCUGCCCGAUCUUUGAAGACAACGGGUUUCAGGGAAAGCUCGCGGGUGUGCCUGAGAAUGAUACCGAUGGACUAGAUAUUGCCUUUUUACGCCGCGAGCUGGCCGCUGCCGAAGCUCAAGCCAUUGAGGAUGCUCAGAAUCUCGGCCGGCCCGACAUUCCCACCAUCAAAGUGGAAAGACUUACCCAAAAAUCUACAAAUAUCGGAAAGACGCUUUACCUCCAGACCCGCAAGGAUCUUGUCGCGCUCGCCCGGAAAUACGAUGCCCUCGUCGUAUCGGACGAUGUCUACGAUUUCCUGAGCUGGCCUGAGGACUUGUCUGCUCCAGAUGACACAUUCGGAGCUGUGCCGCCGAGGCUCGUCGACAUAGAUCACGACAUGCCCGGCUACAGCACAUGGGGAAACACCCUCAGCAACGGAUCUUUCUCCAAGGUGAUCGGACCUGGUGUCAGAGUUGGCUGGGCGGACGGCACGCCGGCCUUCGCCAGAGAAUUGGCCGAGGUAGGAUCUUCUAGCUCCGGCGGUGCACCCUCGCACCUCACUUCUACUUUCGUCGAUAAGAUGCUGCGAAGUGGCAGUCUGCAAACACAUAUCAAGAAGACUCUCAUACCAACAUAUCGUGAGAGAUACCACGCCCUCAUGGCCUCUAUCCGCGAUAUUUUGGUGCCACUGGGUGUCACAGUUGAAGUCAAUCACCCAGAAGAUGCCGCACAAGCGACGACAGGAGGCUUCUUCGCAUACCUCCGGCUUCCAGAAGACCUUCCAGUGGCACGAAUAGUGGCAGCCAUAGCCUUGAAAGAGAAGCUCCUCCGCUUCGCCUUCGGACACAUGUUUGUUGUCAGUGGAGACAAAGGCAGCGUUCAUAGAGCGGAGUCGAAGAAUGGCUUCUCCAGGUGCAUCAGACUAUGCUGGGCGUGGCAUGAGAUAGCUGAGCUCAAGGAAGGUAUUGAAAGACUAGCUGCUACCAUUCUAGAUAUCGAUCUAGGUUGGAAGCUGGCGAGGAUAUGA